GUAAAAGCUUCCAGGAAGCACGUUUCUGCUGGGGCAGCCCCCUGAUCCUCGGGCACUCAUUAACCCUCUGGGUGCCAGAAAGGGCAGGAGGUGAGCACGGGGAGGCAGCUGAGGUCAUCCUUCUUUGAACCUCCACGUGGUAUUUACUCAGAGCAAUUGUUGCCAGAGGCCCAGGCCCCUGGAGUAUAAAGCGGAAUGUCUGCUCUCUGUGCCCAGCACUGAGCAGAACAGACAAUGGCAAGCAAGGCUGCAGUUCUGACCUGGGCUCUGGCCCUCAUCUUAGCGUUUUCAACGGCCCGGGCACGGAAGGGCUUCUGGGACUACUUCAGCCAGAGCAGCGGCGAUAAAGGCAGGGUGGAGCAGAUCCAGCAGCAGAAGCUGGCGUGGGAGCCCGCCAGGCUGAAAGACAGCCGUGAGCAAGACCUCAACAAUAUGGACAAGUUCCUGGAAAAGCUGGGCCUUCUGAGUGGUCAGGGAAAGGUGCCUCCUGGGCUCCCACACCACCCGGUGGGCAUGUGGCAGCGGCUGCAGGAGGAGUUGGAAGAGGUGAGGGCCCGCCUGGAGCCCUACAUGACAGAGGUACACGAGCGCGUGGGCUGGAACCUGGAAGGGCUGCGGCGGCAGCUGAAGCCCUAUACCAUGGAGCUGAUGGAGCAGGUGGCCCUGCGCGUACAGGAGCUGCAGGAGCAGUUGCGCGUGGUCGGAGAGGACACCAAGACCCAGCUGCUGGGAGGCGUGGAUGAGGCGCGGGGCCUGCUGCAGGAACUGCAGAGCCGCGUGGCGCACCACACCGACCGCGUCAAGGCGCUCUUCCACCCCUACGCCGAGCGCCUGGUGUCGGGCAUCGGGCGCCACGUGCAGGAGCUGCACCGCAGCGUGGCCCCGCACGCCGCCGCCAGCCCGGCGCGCCUCAGCCGCUGCGUGCAGGUGCUCUCGCAGAAGCUCACGCUCAAGGCCAAGGCCCUGCACGCGCGCAUCCAGCAGAACCUGGACCGGCUACGCGAAGAGCUCAGCGCCUUUGCCGGCGCCGGCGCCAGCGCAGGCGGCGCGAAGGAAGGGGCCGACCCAGACCCCCAGGUUCUGUCCCAGGAGGUGCGCCAGCGACUCCAGGCUUUCCGCCACGACACCUUCCUGCAGAUCGCCGCCUUCACCCACGCCAUUGACCAGGAGACUGAGGAGGUCCAGCAGCAGCUGGCGCCGCCCCCACCAGGCCACCACGCCUUCGCCCCAGAGUUCCUCCCAGGGGACAGCGGCAAGGCCCGGAGUGAGCUGCAGGCCCGUCUCGACGACCUGUGGGAAGACAUCAACUAUAGCAUUCAUAACGAUGGGCUCGGUGGUGGCGAUGGGGAGCCCUGAGGGUCUACUUGCCCAGGCCCACUUCCCAGCUCCUUUUCUGGAGAGCCCAGGAUCUGAGCGCCUAGCAUAGCUCAGUCCUUGACGGUGGCCUGUUGGGCAGAGGGCGGAGAGCCCUGCACGGGAUAGGUGAGACCACCGAAGGAAGGGGCUGUUGUCCCCGGCACAUCCAGCCUCCUGCGAUUCCCCCAUCUGGAUGCAUUACACUCACCAGGCUUUGCAAA